AUCAUCUACAAAGCAGCAUCAGCAUUCCUUCAAGUUUUAAACCUAAAUCUCAUAUUAUAGACAGAGAAAUGAUCCCAUCAUCAUUUUAUCUCCUCUCAAUUCUCUUUCUCACUAUUUCAAUUUCAACCAAUGCAACAGAAGAUCAUCAUUCUUCUCGAUUCUUCAGAGAAGCCCCUCUUUUCUAUAACUCCUUCACCUGCCCUUCCCUUGAUCAUGACACUCACACCUCCUCCUCCUCCGCCGGCGCCGCCUCCAUCGCCGGCGCCGCCGUCAUGUGUUCAUCAAAAGCAGUUCAUGUCGCCAUGACCCUUGACGAAACCUAUCUCCGGGGAUCCAUUGCAGCCAUCUUCUCCAUACUCCAACACUCAUCAUGUCCAGACAACAUUGUCUUCCAUUUCAUAACCUCCUCCCUUGCCUCCACCGCUGCAUCCACAGUCGCAAAUUCAUUCCCAUACUUGAAGUUUCAAAUCUAUCCCUUCGAUGAUGCCGCCGUUUCCCGUUUAAUAUCUACCUCAAUCCGAUCCGCACUCGAUACCCCACUUAACUACGCUAGAAACUACCUCGCCGAACUCCUCCCGACAUGCGUAUCCACAGUCGUGUACCUAGAUUCCGACCUCGUAUUAGUCGACGACAUAGCCAAGCUGGCAUCUACUCCCCUAACUAACGGCGCAGUCCUCGCCGCCCCGGAAUACUGCAACGCAGAUUUCACAUCCUACUUCACUCCCACAUUCUGGUCUAACCCUUCAAUUUCAUUAACGUUCGCCGGCAGGAACCCUUGUUAUUUCAACACCGGCGUGAUGGUAAUGAAUCUUGAUAGAUGGAGAGCAGGGGAUUACACUAUGAGAAUAACAGAAUGGAUGGAGCUUCAGAAAAGAAUGAGAAUUUACGAACUGGGUUCUCUUCCCCCCUUCUUGCUUGUAUUCGCCGGAAACAUAGCUCCGGUUGAUCACCGGUGGAACCAGCACGGCCUCGGCGGAGAUAAUUUCCGGGGUCUUUGUAGAGAUCUGCAUCCGGGUCCGGUCAGCCUGUUACAUUGGAGUGGAAAAGGUAAACCUUGGGCUCGUAUAGACUCGAGCCAGCCAUGUCCACUUGAUACUUUAUGGGCGCCAUAUGAUCUCUUACAAACUCAUAAUCAUAAUAUAUAUGCUUGAAUCCUAAGCCAUAUUCUAGGUUUGUAUUAAAAAAACCAAACCUAUUAUUAGGGUUAUUAAUAUUUUGUCUACUAUGUUUAUGAUUGUUCGAUCUUCUCCAUUUCGUCCACGAGGCGUAUAGUCUACCAACAAUAUCGAUAAUAGUUGCUAAUGCCCGGGACAAGGAAUUGUACAUUAUCCGGCUAUAAUUGAAGUAUUGUUAUCUAUAAUAUUUUCUCUUAUAACAUUAAUUUUGUAUGAAAAUUAAAUUAAGCUUGA